AUGUGGUGUGGACGACUGUGUGCUCCAGGCACUCCGUGUGGACCAGAAUUUCAACCAAUCGAUGACUCGUUCUGUUGGUUGUUGAUCGUGGACGUCAUAGUAAUAGUUGUCUUGCAGGAUCGCACUGACUUCUUCCUAUCUGUUGUUUCAAUGAACAAAAACACAAUAUAUAAAAUCGUGAGUUCUUUCAUGAAGAUUAGAUUGAAACGUUCAUCUCUACUCUUUGUACAUUUUGCUACUCAACUGAUGCAGUUAAAAAUGAAAAUUUUGCAAUUUUUUGUUUUCAAACUCGAGCUGAGUGCAGAUGCCAAGUGA